CAAUUUUAAAAAUUUGCGGGCGAAGGAUUGUUGUCGAAGAAAAAAGUCUUGUAUUAUGAUAGGCCAGACACGCGUUGUUCCAAGUUCCUUGGGCAUAAAAGGGAAGUAGUACAAUUAUUUUUAUAAUUCCAAACAAGGGCAUUAUCAGACUUUCUUACAAGGGUAUCAUCAGACUUAAUGAUUAACAUUGAUAUUUUUAAUAAAUUAUAUUUUAAUAUCCCAAAUUUUAGCCUCAAGAUGGUCAACAAUUCCCACAACAAUUUCAGCAAACAAGCGGUGCUGGAGGCAGUUUUCCUCAAAUUCCAAAUGAUUCUGUCACUCAAUUGGCUUCAACACCAGCUCCGUUGUUUGGACUUAUGUCAAUGCCCACUCAUUCUUUCCCCACUUUACCUCCACAUACUUUCCCUCCAAUGUUAGAACAUUCAUUUCCAACUUUACCUCCCCAUACCUUCCCGACUCAUUCAUUCCCCACACUUCCUCCCCACACUUUCCCUACCCAUUCUUUCCCCACACUUCCACCUCAUACCUUCCCAAGCCUUCCAACUCACUCCUUCCCAACACUUCCCCCACAUACAUUCCCUCCCCACUCCUUCCCUACUCUUCCGCCCAUGUUUGGAGUUACUACAACUGCAUCUCCAACAUUUGGAGACUCCUCUGGUAGAGCUGUUGCUUUUGCUGCACCUUCUGUUUCUGCUAGUUCCUCAGCUGGGCGUACAACAUUUGGACAACAAUCAGAUGGUUCGCAAGCUCAUUACAACCCACACUCUCCAAUGCGUCGAGACCAAUCAGGAUUGCCUACCGGACAUCAAUCACCUCCAAGAAUGGCGCCAGCAAUGGGCACAGUAUUGGCAGCAAUGCAAGGGGAUCGGUUUCCGAUUAUGCAUCCCGUCCUAGGAUUAAUUGGUUAUUCUAAUGCUCCACAGCCCGGACAACAAAUGGGAUGA